AUGUUGAGUACCCGUGCACGUCACAAAAACACAUUUAAAUGUGCACCGAUUGACAUGCUGUAGUUAAAUGCACUAUGUGGGGGGGAGGGAGAUAACGGCCUCGCUCAUUGUUUUGUAUUAUUAUUAUUAUUGUUAAUAUUAUUUUAAGUUUAAUUAUUUUUCUGAUUUGGUUCGGACUACCCUUUAUUGUCAUUGUAGCAUACAUAUACAACGAGAUUAUGUUGCUCCCUCGUGCAAAAAUAAAUAGGUCAUCAUCUUGGAAUAAAAAAUAUGUGAAAUAAAUAAUUGUAUAUGGCGGAAAACACAUCGAAAGCUGAAAAAGCACUUUAUGCACUAAUCUUUAAAAUAAACUGCUGCAUUUUAAGCCAAAACAGCUCUUUUGUUUAAUAGAACAAUAUGUCUAUAUGCUGCCAUAGCAUAUUCAUGGCACAUUAAGCCCCCCAAACUAUUUUAAAUUUGUCCGUUUUACCCUGGAAACUCCCGUUUACAGAGGUCGCGCAACCGCUUUUGUUUCAACCUAGCUAUAAAAAGAAGGUACGUAAUCGUAUUUAUUAUUCGAAAUGUCUGUCAUUUUUAGCUUAGUCAUUAAUUGAUGUCUAAUACUUAGUUUAAAAAAAACACGACUUUAAAAAAUUAUUCACUCGCAUAUUCUUAAUUUUUAAACAAAUCACAUCACAAUAAAUAAAUUAAUGUCUGCAAAUAAGGCACGAAUAUCUACCUCAUAACUAUCGCUUAAUUGUAUUUUUUUCGUUACUGUUACAUUUUCACCAAUAUUUUAGAUGAUAAAUAAUCGAUCCGAACAAAGAAAAAUUGAAGAAAAAAAAGUUUAAAAGGGUAAAUAUAUGAAAAUGAAUAUCUCGACCACUCCUUGAUGUCUGCGAUUUCUGCAUCCCGACCCUUGUUAUAUUAACAUGUUUCACCCAUAAAAUCCCCCCCAAAAUCCAACUGUGGCCAUUCACAGCUGUGUCUUGACACUCAGUUAUGCAUGCUACAUGGAGUUUUUGAAUCGAAAAAAGGAACCUUCAUGCCACGGAAUCAAGAAUUGAUCGCCGCAUAAUCUGGAUUAAUUUUGACAGAAUCGAGAAUUUUUUGCCGGGGAUUCUUGGCAAGAUGACAUAAUAACAAGCGAUGGUGUUGCUGGUAUGAGUACGUUGACCGGCGUGAACAUGGAAAACAAGCCGGAGUCCGCCACCGUGUGGAAUCAGUCCGAGAAUACGGAUUCAGCCGAUGCACCUCAGGUUCAUUUCGAGGGUGGCACAGUGGCCCAGUUAGUGUACAGUGGAGAUAGCACUGAUCCGGCGGCGCGGGGGCAGCAGCAACGAGUGGUCUACGCUGCCGACGGCAGCUCGUAUACGUCGGUGGAGUCGGCAGAGCACACGCUAGUCUAUAUUCACCCUGCGGAUGGCACCCAGGCCGUAUUUGCAGAUCAACCUCAAGUGGCGUACAUCCAGCAAGAUGGCACAACUCAGCAGGUGGCGGUCCUGCUGCCAAGCGGGCAGAACGUGAACACAGCCAGUCUCCAUGUCCUCAGCAAUGUGGCUGAGGCACCGCAAGCCACACUGGAACCUGCACCCCAGGAGCAAUUGCCCGAUUCCAACUCGCAAGCCUCUAUGGCUGACAUGACGGACCCCCCGUCCAGCCCGCUCGGGGCCAUGGACACUACAGACGACUCUGAAGAAGAUGACGAUGACGAGGAAGACUCAGACAUUGACGACUGGGAGCCUCGCCAGCGGUUCAAUCCUCACAAUCUCUGGUGCGAGGAGUGCAACAACUCCAACACAUCAGAUUGUCUAACCCAUGGGCCUCUCCAUCCCAUUCCCAACCGACCAGUGAUGUCUAAGGCUCGUGCCAGCCUGCCUCUGGUGCUCUAUAUUGACCGCUUCCUGGGCGGGGUCUUCUCUAAGAGGUUCAUUCCCAAGCGUACCCAGUUUGGCCCCGUGGAUGGACCCCUGGUGCCCCAGAGUGCACUGCAGGACAACUAUAUUCAUCUGAAGCUUUGCAUCCUGGAUGCAGAGAAAGACGGUGAAAAAUCACAGGACACAUGGCUGGACCUGUCCGACGAGGAGAGCUGCAACUGGAUGAUGUUUGUGAGGCCAGCCCAGAACCAUCUGGAGCAGAAUCUGGUGGCGUACCAGUACGGCCCCGACAUUUUCUACACCACCAUCAAAAACAUUGAGCCCAAGCAAGAGCUUAAGGUGUGGUAUGCAGCAACAUAUGCAGAGUUUGUCAAUCAGAAGCUGCACAGUGUUACAGAAGAAGAGCGAAAAGUUUUGCGGGAGCUAGAGAAGAACUGGCCAUGCUAUGAGUGCAGUCGGCGCUUUGUGAGCUCCGAGCAACUCCAGCAGCAUCUCAACAUGCACGACAACAUGAUCCAAUCUGUCAGCAGGUCCAAAGGGCGUGGGCGGGCCAGGGGCAGGAAGCGAUUUGGGACUAGUAGGAGGCCGGGACGGCCGCCAAAAUUUAUACGUUUAGAUGCACCAGUUGAAGAUGAAGUGGACAAGACGACUGAGAUGCUAGAUCUUUCAGAGGCCCAACCACUGGACGAGCCAAUGGAGGCGGCUCAAAAUGGCGUUGAAGUGACCGUGUCAGAGCCGGACACUGAGGCGGAAGGCCAAACUGCGCCCCCGGCAAUAGAACCCUCGGUAACCCCACCCUCUAACCCGGACCCGCCUCCCCCGGCAAAGGAGGAACUUGCGCAGGACGAACAGUCGGAAGCUCAUCUUUUGUCUCCAGACGUUCGACGUUUGAAAAGGAUGCGGAAUGCGACACUUCAGCAUCACUUCAUCCGCAAGAGCUUCCGUCCCUUCAAGUGCAAACACUGCGAUAAGGCCUUCCGUGACAAAGACAAGCUGGAGCAGCAUCUGCGCGUGCACGGCCGCGACAGCUUUGUCUUCCCGUGCCACCUGUGCAGCAAGACCUUCGUGACCGACACGGCGCUGGACGACCACUUACUAGUGCACAACGAGAACCGCACUUACCCGUGUCUGCUGUGCACCGAGACCUUCGAUAGGCCCGAAGCGCUCAGGGACCACCUAGACGUUCACGCCGUGGACGGCAACUUCACCUGCCCGUCCUGCAAAAAGACCUUCCCUGACUUCAUCCAGGUGAAGAAGCACAUCCGCUGCUUCCAUUCCGAAAAGAUAUUCCAGUGCCCGAACUGUGAAAAGGCCUUUUGUAGGCCGGAUAAAUUGCGUCUACACAUGCUGCGCCACUCUGAUCGCAGGGACUUCCUGUGCUCCACAUGCGGGAAGCAGUUCAAGAGAAAAGACAAACUGCGGGAGCACAUGCAGCGUAUGCACAAUCCAGAGCGAGAAGCCAAGAAGGCCGAGAGGAGCCACCGUGCUAAGAGUUGCAAAAUGAAGCCCCCCACCACUGACUUUGAGAGCUUUAUGUUCAAAUGCAGGCUGUGCAUGAUGGGAUUCCGAAGGAGAGGAAUGCUGGUCAAUCAUUUAUCAAAGCGUCACCCCGAAAUGCGCAUUAAUGAUGUGCCUGAGUUGACACUGCCCAUCAUCAAGCCCAAUAGGGAUUACUACUGCCAGUAUUGUGACAAGGUGUAUAAGAGUGCCAGUAAGAGGAAGACGCAUAUACUGAAGAACCACCCAGGGGCGGAGUUGCCACCCAGCAUUCGCAAGCUGCCUCCGGCCGCUCCGGGCGGGCCCGACCCGAUGCUAACCACGCACACGCAGCUUGCAGGCACCAUCGCCUUCGCGCCUGUAUGUUGCCCACAUUGUGCCAAGCAGUAUAGCAGCAAGACUAAAAUGGUGCAGCACAUCCGGAAGAAGCAUCCGGAGUUCGCUCAACUAAUCAACACCAUCCAAGCUCCCCUGCCAGCGACGGUCAUCAGCAGCACACCUGCUGUCAUUAGCACGGACGGCGCCACCGCCGAAGCCGUCGUGACCACCGACUUACUAACACAGGCCAUGACGGAGCUCUCUCAGACACUGACGACUGACUACAGAACUUCACAAGGAGACUAUCAACGGAUACAGUACAUCCCUGUGUCCCAGGCUGGAGGCAGCUUGUCUCAGCCGCAGCACAUUCAGCUGCAGGUGGUCCAGGUGGCUCCGGCUCCCUCGCCGCACUCCCAGCAGCAAACUGUGGAUGUCAACCAACUGCACGACCCGCACGGCUACAGCCAGCACUCCAUCCAGGUGCAACACAUUCAGGUCACGGAACCUUCGGCUUCCGGACAAGAUGCCACACAGGUCACGGGUCAACCUUUGAGCCCUAACUCACAACAGACCAAUCAGGAGCUGAGCCCUACCCAGUUGGCCCCUGUGACGCUGGCUCCGAACCAAAAUCUCCAGAGUGGCGGGACUGCUGGACAGCAACAACAGCAACAGCAGGGGGCGGUGCAGCACGCCUACUUACCCGGCAAUUGGAACUACCGAGGUUACCCGUCCGAGAUCCAAAUGAUGACACUACCCCAGGCUCAGUACGUCAUCGCCGAGGCCACCACGCCCGUGACCGGAGCUGACAGCAACCAGGUGAAAACGAGGCACUACGUCAUCUCCGAAGGUCAAACGGAGCUGGACCCCAACAAGCCUUCGGGUCCCGCCAGCUCUAAUCCCGGUGAACAUUUAGAACCGCCGGCGAGCCAGCAAGCCACCACGCAGUACAUCAUCACCACCACCACCAACGGCAGCGGCACCAGCGAGGUCCACAUCACAAAACCCUAAAUUUCCGAUUCUAAUUGACGACCUCGUUAAUAGCAAUGAAAAAUGAACUGAGAAUGAACUGAGACUAAAAAGACACUCAAGUCAUCAAAGGAUGAAAUGAAAACCAGCACAGUUUUAUGUGUUUGUAAAGUGUUAUUUUGUUGUUGUUGUUGUAUCACACGCUGCUAGAAAACUCAAUGAAUGACAAGUCUCAAGUUAUUUGUGGCUUUCCGAGCUUCCAUCUCCUGCUAUAUUGGGAAGUAAGAUUAUUUUAAUCUAUUUAAACUAGCUACAAAAAAAAUCUUUAUUUGUGAAGUAAAUCUGUGACUGAAUAUGUAAAUAUUACAGUUUACUGGCACGGUUGUUGUUUAUAAUUACAGAAUGUUGUUUACAGUGUCCUCCACCAUAUCGAAUGGAAGAUUGAUGUAUUUUAUUUAAAAAAUAUAUAUAUAUAAGCUUGAAUUGUUUUAACACGGAUUUCCAAGUUUCUUCAUUUUAAUUUAGUGAAAGGCUUAAAAGUUUCAAAUUUCAACUCGACACAAGUUCAAAAUCCACCUAUUAAAAAUCAUAGCAAUCGAACUAACUCAUUCACCUAUUGUAUAAUGUAAUGCAUAAAGCAUGCUAGUUAUAAACAAUAGCAAAUCAAACUUUAUUUAAAUGGUAUUUGAAACAAAAAAUGCAACAAAAAAAGUAGAGCAACAGCGCAUACAAUAAAUAUAUACUAUAGUAGCAAUCAUACAGAGUAGACUUCCGCCUGAGCUGCCAAAUUCAAAGCACUGCUGUAGUUGGUUAAGCGGGCACUCCCUUUAAAGUGAUUACGACACGAGAAAAAAAGUCUCAAAUAGGAUUAUUAUGUGAAUUACAAUCAUAUUUUGGGAAAAUUCGACUAUACAAAAAUUUAGCAAAGCGCAGAUGACGAGAAAUUAGUCUUUUAAUCUGCUGGUUAGCCACGCCUACCAUUAUAGGGCUCUAGCGUCCCCGACAGGUGGAUGACGUCGGCGGAGUCACGAUUUCAUCUGAUUUAGUAUGCACCCCUUUGAGGGGGAAUUAUUCACAACGAGGAAAACACGACGAAGAGAGCCGCAAAAUGUAAUUGUUUCAGUCGCUCUACUCCAAUAUUUUUUACAAGAUGUUCUUUUUAUCCAAGUAUUUUCCCCAAUAGCUAAAUAAAUGGCUUGAGAAGGACGAGUCAGCCUGUUGAGGGUGAAUUAUUCAGAACGAGGAAAACGUGACGAAGAGAGCCGCAAAAUGUCAUUGUUUUAGUAUCUCUACGCCAAUAUUUUUACAGGAUAUUAUUUUUAUCCAAGUAUUUUUCCCCAAUAGCUAAAUAAAUGGCAUGGUCAUGACAAAUAACAGUCUUGUGCAAAAUGGAAUAUGAAAUAAUAAAAAUGCAUUUAUUCAAGACGGCAUGGCAAAAUU